GAAGGCAUCAUUAAUCUAAGCGCUCUGGGGCGGGUUGGAUAAUUGUGUCAUCUGCUGACGGGAGGGUAUUUACUGAUGAGCUGAAGGGAUCCCGCUGAAUUAUGAUGGUCUGUGAGCAGCAGGAAGGAGACACAUGUGCGGCAGAAAGGCUGCGCCUCGUCUCUCCUCCUGAAAGCUACAGCAGCAACAGGAAAGCUUUCACUGAGGACAGGAACCCAAGAGGAGCGAAGAUGUUUGAAGCCUCAGGAAUCCCCUUCAUCCUGUUGGAUGUUGUCUGCCUUAUCCUAGUUGGAUUACCGUUUUUCAUUCUUACUCCUAAACACGACCCCUUCAAGCGGGGUUUCUUCUGCAACGAUGAGUCCAUCAGAUACCCCUUAAAAGAAGACACCAUAUCCUACCAGCUGCUUGGAGGAGUCAUGAUUCCCUUCACUGCCAUAGUUCUCACCUGCGGUGAAGUUAUAUCCAUUUACCUAUCUCCCAUCAAGAAUCGGAGUUUGAUAAAGAGGUACAUUUUGUGCAUCUAUAAAGCCUUGGGGAGCUGCGUGUUUGGAGCGGCUGCCAGCCAGUCUCUGACUGACAUUACCAAAUACUCCAUCGGCCGACUGCGGCCACACUUCCUGGCUGUAUGCAAACCAGCGUGGGAUCGGAUAAACUGUAAAACAGGAGGAUACAUAGAGAACUUCACCUGCACUGGAGACGAUUUUCAAGUGGCUGAAGCCAGAUUGUCCUUUUCUUCUGGCCACUCGUCCUUCUCCAUGUACUGCAUGUUGUUCCUUGUUCUGUAUCUUCAAGCCAGAAUGAGGUCAAAGUGGUCACGGCUUCUGUGCCCUACCCUCCAGUUCUUCCUGAUUGCCACUGCUGUGUAUGUGGGCCUGACUCGAGUGUCUGACUACAAACAUCACUGGAGUGACGUGUUUGCUGGCCUCCUGCAGGGGGGUUUGGUGGCUGUUUUCACAGUCUUCUGUGUCGCCAACUUCUUCUCACAGCCAGUGGAACCAGUGGUCUCGCAGGAGGAAGACGCCCCUCACACCAGUUUACAAGAAAACCCCAACAAUGGUAACCACUACGGCAGCACUGAAUGACUCUGGUGCCUCAAAGAUGUUACUCUGCCCAGCCUCCAUCCCAAAAGGCCCUCAGAGUGGACCUAAAGCCCAUAAAUAGAAAUGACCCGCUGCCUGUAGGAAUGAAUGCAUGGUCCUGUGCCAGCUUUGUUUAUGGUGCCAUUUGCUGCAGGCUUUGGCUGCUACCUGCUGCAGCUUCAACUACAGACACAAGUGCACUCUGCAGGAUACUUGUAGCACAUACUUGUCUGGUUUGCCACCUUGGAUGAAAAUUCCUUUUUUAAAAGAAUAUAAUCGGCCUCUGUAUCCAUGCUGCAAGCAGGCUUGUAGAGAUCUUUUUGGUACUCAUGCAUAAGGAAAUGAAGACGGUCUUAUAAAGAGACUGAACUUUAAAUUAAUAUAUUUUAUAUGGAUUUUGCCUUAGAUGUAUGCUGCUGCCUGCUGUCAGCUUAAUCUCUGAUGUCAUUUUAUACAUGUGAAACGAUAUUUUUGUUUUUUUUUGGGUAGUUUGUGUAUAAUUGCUGAUAUUUUUGCUCUGAAGUUUGAAAAUACAUUUCUCGGGGAAAUAAAGAGGGGAGAAAACCCCUUUGCUACCUUGAUACAAAGGAAAUUUUGUGUUUAUUGUCUUUGGAAAACACAGAGCAGAUGGUGCAAAAAUGCUAAAUCAGAUUAUUUCCAAGUAAGUGGAAGGACUGAUGUAAGUUAUGGAAAGAGAAUGAUUCAGAAACCAGCCUGCUGGUAUUAUCAUAUUAGUAAACAUUUCACAUGGCAGGUCUAUAAUUCAGGUAUAUAAGAAAGCAACAAGUGCACAAGGUUUUAAUUGCUUUUACCAACUUGCAUUAUCUAGGAACUGGGAUAAUGUUUUCUUUAUUAAUUAUUUUGAAAGUAGUGCAUAAUUGCGAAGAAGAGGGAAUGUUAUGCAUUGUUUUUUUUAAAAAUGAAUUAUUAAAUAUCCGGUGUGGCAUGUAUUUGUAAUCGGCUCUCUUUACUCUGAUGCCCUCAAACAAUAUCCAAUGCAAACAGUUGCCUUCAGAAAUCACCUGGGUAGGAAAUAGUCCUCCUGGGUGUGAUUCACCUGAACACACCAUCCCUGUGAUGAGACAUGGUGGUAGCAGCAUCCUGC